UAAUAGAUGACGACUCCUACGUGAAACAUCUUAUUCAUCCGCUCGUUUAGAUACUGUGUGCAGAGUGUGCUUUUCUACACGUAAAAAAAACCCGGAAUGAAUAUAAUCACUUUUCAAUUUUAGCAGCGUUGGCCGAAGUGAUGUUGAUUUUAAUACCUAUCAGUGCAUCGUUGUGUUAUUUACGCGUGACAUUUUUAAUCACUUAGUGUUCCUCUGUUCUCUUAGAAAGCACUGAGUAGCUUAAGUAGGAAUAUAAUUCUUUCGUAACAUUAUUUAGUGCAGUUUUCGUUUUUAAUUUUGUUUUCAUCUUCGCAUCCUUAGUUCGAGUAGUGUUGUGGAUCCUAUACACUACAAGACUGACUGGCGGUGUUGAUUGCCCUGAUAAACGUUGGUGAUUCCCUCUUCGAGUGGUCCAUCGAAUCUUCACUCUCAUGAUCGGGCCAUCUCGGUUAAUGAUUCUCUUGAAGCCGAGGACUUGGACUCAAUAUUAACGGGAGCUGAAUGCGGAAUCAAAUCAGAGGGGACACAAUAGGCGCGAGACAUGGUCUACUGCUUCCCGGACGUCAUCGAACGGAUCUGCAAAAAUGGCGACGAAGAAGAACCCGAAGAAUUGUUCCCUCCGCCGGAGCGAGCUUGCGCCUCUGCGCCGUCCGUCAUACAGAAGUUCUACGAGGGCACCAGUGUCUUCGUCACAGGCGGCACUGGAUUUGUCGGCAUGGCACUUGUCGAGAAACUCCUCAGGUCAUGUCCAGGCAUUAAAAACCUAUUCCUCCUCGUAAGAGCGUUUAAAGGAAAGUCUGCUGAGGAAAGGGCGAAAGAAAUGUUCUCAAAUCCGUUGUUUGGACCGCUGCUGUCACAUCAUCCAAAAAUCAUCGAGAAGGUGAUAGUGGUGCCGGGAGAUGUGGGGAAAGAUGGCUUGGGAAUCAGUCCCUCUGACAUGAAAUUACUUAAAGAUGAAGUGAACAUUAUUUUCAACGUGGCCGCAACCGUCCGAUUUGAUGAGCCGAUCAAGGAGGCGUUUUAUAUAAACGUGAUCAGCCUGAAAACUAUUUUAGCUUUAGCUAAAUCUAUGUCGAAUUUGAAGGCUUUCGUUCAUACCUCAACGGCUUUCAGCCAUUGUCACCACUCUUCCCGACUUAUCCAAGAAAAAUUCUACCCAACUCCAUAUACGGAAUCUCAAAUUGAGACUCUCCUAAAUUCGACUGACGACUACACCGUUGGUUGCCUCUCUAGACUAAUUCUCGGUAGUAUUCCUAACGCAUACGCACUAACCAAGGCUAUGGGCGAGGAGGUAGCUCAAAAGGAAAUGUCGGAACUGCCAAUAGCUAUUUACAGACCAUCAAUUGUUAUGAAUUCGAAUAAAGAGCCGCUUCGAGGGUGGAAUUGCUCAUUCCAAGGUGCCGGUGCAUUGUUCCUGGGGAUUGGGCUCGGCAUUCUGCGAGCUAUUUACGUGAACGCAACAAAACAAGCAGAGAUCGUUCCGGUCGACAAAUGUGCAAGCGCGCUCGUCGCAAUUCCUUGGCAUCUCCAUGAAUCACGAAAAAAGAAAGGAAACCUGACUCCGAUUUACAAUCACGUCAAUAAUCGAUUUCCAGUGACUUGGGGACAGACGUAUUCUUACCUGCUCUAUCAUAUACGCUCGCAGAAACUGGCUUCGAAGUUCCAAGUUUGGGUCAUGCGCACUUCCUUUGAAAGCAACCGUUUUCUAUACAACUUAAAAUUCUUCCUCUAUCAUCUCCUACCGCUCCCUUUUUUAACAAUGGUCGAGAGAUUGCAAAACCAGCCCGCUAGGUUGCAUAAAAUUUAUUUGAAAAUGGCACUCCUGGGAAACGUGCUCAGUGAUUUUACGCAAAAUAACUGGAACUUUGAGGACUCUAAUAUCCAGCGUCUCUGGGCAAGCAUGUCAGUUCCAGAUCGGCACCUUUUUGACCUAGAAAUAUCCAACAACCUGGACUGGUUCACCUACUUCUCGUGCAUUAGUAAGGGUUACGGACUUUACGUAAUGAAGGAGACGUGGACGGAUCUCGAACGCUCAAGAAAGAAGUUCCACACGAUUUUAAUGUUGGAUAAAAUGCUGCAAUUUUUUAUCAAAGCAAUCACAAUCUAUCUUGUGUACUUUGCUGGAGCUCUACUCUACAGGCGGUUCAAUCACGCUCUAGCCGGAGCUUGGAUUCAGAACUAGCUAACCAGCUAGAUUACAUUGAGUUACCUCUGCUCUCAGUCCUAUAAAAUUUGAAAAGUAUUCCGAAAUAAUUCAUGAAUACAGUGUCAUAGCUGGAUAGUGUCAAGAAAAUUAGUCAACGUCUACAUUGAGAGUUUUGAGAAGGACCUACCUACGUGCAAAAAUCGAUGGCUUAAGUGCGAAGCAACGUAUCUCUAUUAAUUGUGGUGUUUCAAAAUGUCCGAUCCUAUUUUAUUUUAUUUUUCGAAGAGACAUAAGCCAUUUUUAUAGCUUGAAAUGUUUACAGAAUGUUCUGCCAACGAAGAGGAAAAUAAUUAAGGAAGCUUCCGAUGAAAUUAUGUUGACUAGUCUUUCAAGGAAACCAUGAAAGAUGACAAGCAGUCUCGAAAGUCACAAAUGGAGGCAGUGGCGAAUCCAAGAAGGGGGAGGGGGAAUGGUAGCACCCC